UGUUAGGUUUUCUUGUUAGUUGUUAAGUCGUUAACUUUACUCGUGGACGAUCAUUUGAGAUACGGAUAAUGUACGACCUUCCGGCGCCGCCUAGGCUCUGGAUAACUAUUUAAGUCGUUGUUGUUGUUUAGUUUGUUAUGUCAUCAUUGUUACAUCUUGUAGGUUGUUAGCUGGCUUAAGUCGCUCGGCCCUCUUUGUAAUCAUCGUGGCAUCCCAACGAGAAACGGAGCCUAUGCCCUUUCAGUUGGUAUCGAUCUAGACGAUCCGGCCUAUACGCUUCGCUCCGCCUUCGUCUUCAUCGUCUUCGUCGUCAUCGCUUUCGUCUUCGCUCCGCUGGUCAUCUUCGUCAUCGUCGUCUUCGUCAUCUUCGUCUUCGUCAUCCUCCGAUGGCUCCCGUCCCCAUCACGGGACUCUAUCAAGCGCAGCUUGCUAUGUUUGCCUUGACGCAGGGUUCCGGACCAAACUCCUUACAAUGCUACAUUGCGGAAUUCCAACGCCUUAUGGCUGACCUGCCGUACCGCCACGAGAAGGACCACGUCCUCUUCUUCGCGCAGGGACUGCAGGACGACCUCAGGAAGGAGAUCUUCUCGCACUUACGCAACCCGGGUUCCUACAUACGACUGCAGGAUGUGAUCGACCUUGCAUGCACCAUUUCAAUGGAGCACGAUGCCGCUCACCGCUCACCGCAUUCGCUACCGCAGGGCACCUGCACCAUCAACGUCCCCACCGACCGCUCGCCCUUUCGUUCCACCACCUCUCGAACCGCAAACCGCUCUCCCUCCCGCUCCCCCUCCCCCUCUCCGACUCGCACCGACAAUUCCGACCGCCGUCGUCAGGACAACGACCGUGGACGCACCUUUCUCUCCAGUUCAGACAGCCCCCAGCCUUGCCGCGAUGACCAGCACCGCCGCGCCGACCCACCCCGCCGCCGCCGCCGUUCGCCUCGAUCCCGUCAACGUGGCCUUUAAGCCACCACCGGCAGAACAGGUUAGCCACAGCUUGCCGAUCGCCAGUAAGCCCGCCCGCCAUGUAGGUUGUAUGCGUGCUCGUGUAGCUGCAGCCUCCACGACGGAAGCGCACCGGGUGGACAGCGACUGGAUGCUUUCGCGCACCGUCUUCGUCCUCUCUUAUCUCGUCGUCUCCAUCGUCACCUACUUCGUCGUCUUCGUCUCCUCUUAUCUCGUCGUCUCCGUCGUCACCUACUUCGUCGUCAUCACCAACGUUCUUCGUCUCGCGAAAAUCGUCCGCACAGUCGGAGAGCUGGUCCGCACGGAUAAGCCAGGGCUGGCGAUUGGCACCAUCACAUCCCUGGAGCUCGGGGAGCCGGUAUACUACCUCCGCCAGCAGCUGGAUCAGCAGCGGCUAGGCAGCGACCCGGGUGGCGGUGGCGGUGGCAGUGGCGGCGUGAUUCACCGGCUAGUCUUCUGCGCCGGCAUGUCCCCAAGCGACAUCCCGCUGGAAACCAUGGUAGCCGUGUCGUACGACAAGGUCGUGGACGGCGUAAUGUACUCUUGUAAGAGGCCAAUUCCGCAGCCCAGCUCCACAGAAGAAGAGGUGAAGGGCCAGCAGCAGCACGAUGACGGUCUACGGCGGCGCCUGACGCGGCGGCACCAGCAGCACCAGCAGCAGCACCAGCAUCAGGAGCGGCCCCAACAGCGGCAGCGGCAGCGGCAGCGGGCGCUUCUCGGGGAGUCCAUCACCACCCCCACGUCCCUCCGGAUCUUGGUGUACAUCGCGUCGUUCUGCGGAUAUGACACACCGGCCUCAGUCACACCGCAGCAAGUCACCAACCUCCUCACAAUCGCUGACAGCAGCGACGGCAACCGCUCCCUGACCAACUACCUCAUGACCUGCAGCUACGGCCAGGUCAGCUUGCUACCUGAGAACAUCCGAGUCCUGGGGCCCGUGACGGUUCCCUGCAACGGGACGUUGAGGGAGCCCCAGCCCUUCAGCAGCGGAGGCAAGUUUACCACGCGCUCAUGCAACGAGCUGGACAAUGCAUUCAAGUGGCAUUACUGGCUGGACGCCUGGGCGGCAGAGAAUUAUAAAGUGGAUGCCCUGGACUACCACCACAGAGUGUUGCUGCUUCCUAGCGGUUAUGUGGGACGGAACGACACGGGCUGUGGUGGCUUUUCCGGUAUGGGCACCACGGGCAGGUGGUCGAUCUUGCGUACGGCAGUCAACAAGUGGGGCAGCGGACUGGUGUGGUGGUCGGGCGACGCCUACGGUGACCUGGAGGUCCUGCUGCACGAGUUCGGCCACAACUACGGACUGACGCACGCCUCGGUGCCCGGCGGCUGCGACCUGGGAGAUCAGUGCGACCACACGUGCACCAUGGGGGCCACGGGCGGACAGGGCAUCCGCUGCUUUAACGCGCCACAUAACUGGCGGCUCGGUUGGGGCCAGCCAGCCCUUCAGCUCAGCUAUGACAACCUGCCGUACGGUGAAGCGACCGCUGUACGAAUACCCCCGCAGCUGAGUACCGCACAAAGCUCGGUACUGGUUUGGGGACUUCCCUACGGACCUACGGCUGACAGCGCUGGCGACAUUCAGCAGCUGCAGCGGCAGCGGCUGUUCAUCUCUGCGCGUCUGAAUGUCUACAUGUACGACCUGCCCUGGGCUCCUGAUGUGGGGAUGCCCUUCCUCCUCAUGCAUACCUAUAAUGGUACUGACAGUAAACCCACCAUUCAGACCAAUCAAGUGGGAGAAAUCGCAGCCGGUGAGAUGUGGCGGGAUUCGAACAGCGGACUUGUGGUGAGGUUUGACUCGUGGAAUAGCAGCACCGGCGCUGCCAUACGGAUCUGCCGCCGCCGUGCUGCCACCGAGGUGAAUUGCACCGAUAGCCUGGAUGACGACUGCGACUUUCUACCAGAUAGCCUUGACCCGGAUUGCAUCCCCUCAGCUCCUAUAUCCCUGGGGAAACGCAUGUCGCCCCCGCCAAAGUCACAAAAGCAAUCAUUGCCGCCACCGGAACGGCUGCCGCCUCCGUCACCGCCAUCCCGCCAACGGUCACCACCGCCGAAGCUGCCGCCGCAACAACCUCCAUCACCCCGGCCAUCACCGCAACCACCGCCUUCCAAUGCCCCGCCUAAGCAACCGCGCUCACCUAAACGCCGCAAUAACCCCCCUCCUCCUGAACAGCCCUCUGUGAAUUUGUGGCCCCCACCAGCAGCCGGCAGCCCCCCACCAGCGGCCGGCAGGCCCCCACCCGAUGCUGGCAGCCCCCCUCCAGAACAGCCCUUUGUGAAUUUGUGGCCCCCACCAACAGCCGGCAGCCCCCAACCAGCGGCCGGCAGGCCCCCACCCGAUGCUGGCAGCCCCCCUCCCGAACAGCCCUUUGUGAAUUUGUGGCCCCCACCAGCAGCCGGCAGCCCCCCUCCCGAACAGCCCUCUGCGGAGUUGUGGCCCCCACCAGCAGCCGGCAGCCCCCCUCCUGAACAGCCCUCUGCGGAGUUGUGGCCCCCACCAGCAGCCGGCAGCCCCCCUCCCGAUCAGCCCUCUGCGGAGUUGUGGCCCCCACCAGCAGCCGGCAGCCCCCCUCCUGAACAGCCCUCUGCGGAGUUGUGGCCCCCACCAGCAGCCGGCAGCCCCCCUCCCGAUCAGCCCUCUGCGGAGUUGUGGCCCCCACCAGCAGCCGGCAGCCCCCCUCCCGAACAGCCCUCUGCGGAGUUGUGGCCCCCACCAGCAGCCGGCAGCCCCCCUCCUGAACAGCCCUCUGCGGAGUUGUGGCCCCCACCAGCAGCCGGCAGCCCCCCUCCUGAACAGCCUUCUGCGGAGUUGUGGCCCCCACCAGCAGCCGGCAGCCCCCCUCCUGAACAGCCCUCUGCGGAGUUGUGGCCCCCACCAGCAGCCGGCAGCCCCCCUCCCGAACAGCCCUCUGCGGAGUUGUGGCCCCCACCAGCAGCCGGCAGUCCCCCUCCUGAACAGCCUUCUGCGGAGUUGUGGCCCCCACCAGCAGCCGGCAGUCCCCCUCCUGAACAGCCCUCUGCGGAGUUGUGGCCCCCACCAGCAGCCGGCAGCCCUUCAUUACAACAGCGACAUGAAUCUACUCCUCCUCCACCACCGCCACCGCCGCCACCGCCUCCUCGGCCUCAACAGCCUUGA